CCAGCAGCGUGUGAGCGGCGAGGAGAGGAGGGGAGAUGCCGGACGCCGCUGCCCACCUGCCCUUCUACUACGGCAGCAUCGCGCGCUCCGAGGCCGAGGAGCACCUGAAGCUGGCGGGGAUGGCGGACGGGCUGUUCCUGCUGCGGCAGUGCCUGCGCAGCCUGGGCGGCUACGUGCUGUCCAUGGUGUGUGACCUGCAGUUCUACCACUACCCCAUCGAGCGCCAGCUCAACGGCACCUACGCCAUCCUGGGGGGCAAGGCGCACUGCGGCCCCGAGGAGCUCUGCGAGUUCUACUCCAAGGAUGCCGACGGGCUCUGCUGCCCCCUGCGCAAGCCCUGCAACCGGCCCAGCGGCGUGGAGCCCCAGCCCGGCGUCUUCGACAGCAUGAGGGACAACAUGGUGCGGGAAUACGUGCGGCAGACCUGGAAACUGGAGGGGGAUGCUCUGGAACAGGCCAUCAUCAGCCAGGCUCCCCAGGUGGAGAAGCUGGUGGCCACCACAGCCCAUGAGAGGAUGCCCUGGUACCACGGCAAUAUCAGCCGGGAGGAAGCCGAGCGCAGGCUCUACUCGGGGGCACAGCCUGACGGGAAGUUCCUGCUGAGAGAAAAGAAGGAGAACCGUGCCUACGCCCUGUCCCUCAUCUAUGGCAAGACUGUGUAUCACUACAAGGUGGAUCACGAUAAAUCUGGGAAAUAUUCCAUCCCUGAGGGCACCAAGUUCGACACACUCUGGCAGUUGGUGGAGUAUUUAAAACUCAAACCAGACGGGCUGAUUUUCUACCUGAGGGAAGCCUGCCCCAACCCCAACAUGCCAGCUUCUGCAGCACCAGUUCCACCCACCCACCCCUCCGUGAGCAGAAACCUGGGCUCCCUCAAUGCAGAUGGAUACACCCCGGACCCUGUAGGGGCAGGGAAAUCCCGGCUGCUGCCCAUGGACACCAGUGUCUACGAGAGCCCCUACAGCGACCCUGAGGAGCUGAAGGACAAGAAGCUGUUCCUGAAGAGGGACCACCUGAUGAUUGAUGAGGUGGAGCUGGGGGCAGGAAACUUCGGCUGCGUCAAGAAGGGAGUUUACAAAAUGAGGAAGAAGCAGAUUGACGUGGCCAUCAAGGUGCUGAAGAGCAACAAUGAGAAGACAGUGAAGGAUGAGAUGAUGAAGGAAGCACAGAUCAUGCACCAGCUGGACAACCCCUACAUUGUGCGCAUGAUUGGGGUGUGCGAGGCCGAGUCGCUGAUGCUCGUGAUGGAGAUGGCUUCUGGAGGGCCCCUCAACAGGUUCUUGGCUUCCAAAAAGGAUGAGAUUACAACGAGCAACAUUGUGGAGCUGAUGCACCAGGUGUCCAUGGGGAUGAAGUACCUGGAGGAAAAGAACUUUGUCCACAGGGACCUAGCAGCCAGGAAUGUCCUGCUGGUCAACCAGCACUAUGCCAAGAUCAGUGACUUUGGGCUCUCCAAGGCUCUGGGAGCUGAUGACAGCUACUACAAGGCCAGGACAGCAGGGAAGUGGCCCUUGAAGUGGUACGCCCCGGAGUGCAUCCUCUACCACAAGUUCUCCAGCAAGAGCGACGUCUGGAGCUAUGGUGUGACCAUGUGGGAGGCCUUCAGCUUCGGGCAGAAACCCUACAAGAAAAUGAAGGGCCCCGAGGUGAUCAGCUUCAUCGAGCAGGGCAAGCGCAUGGACUGUCCCCAGGAGUGCCCAGCAGAGAUGUACGCCCUGAUGCAGCAGUGCUGGACAUACAGAUGGGAAGAACGUCCAGGAUUUGUGGCUGUGGAAAACACCAUCCGCUCCUACUACUACAGCAUCGCUGCCAAGCCCGAAAAUGGGGACAAGGGGGACAAGGCCAAAGCAGCUCUUCCUUGAGAUUCCUUCUCUGCUCCUCCACCUGCCCUCUAUGGACCUAGAAAGGCUCUUUGUGAAGUUUUGCUUUAAUCUCUCAAAUGCUCCUCAGCAGCUGUGGAACUGAGGGCGUGGGGGACGUUGGUGUCCCCACAGCCAGGGACAGCCAGCUGUGCCUCCCAACUCCUCCAGCCUGACCCAGCCCAGGAGAACAGACUGUCAGAGCUCCUUCCCACCCAAUUCCAAAGCUGUCCCAGGA